ACCCUCUCUCUCUCUUUCGCGUUUUUUAGAUCUUCAAAAUCAAAUUCGUCACUCUCAUUUGAUUUCAAUUCUUGUAUCUUGUGAACCUUUAUUCAUUUUCAGUUUACUGAUGAAAUCGAGGAAUCUAAGACCGGCGUCCAAGUUACCGGUCAAACUAGAGAUCGUCGAGGAUUUUCUGGAAGAAGAGAACGGUCCUGCUAACAAGCGAUCUAAGCUAUGGAGCAAUGGAACAAGCGUGUCUCUUAUACCACCGAACCUACUUGAUGAGCCAAGUCCUUUGGGACUGAGCCUAAGAAAGAGCCCAUCUCUGCAAGAUCUCAUUCAGAUGAGACUCUCUCAAAGUGUUAAGAAAGAAACCAUAGCCAAUGCUUCUUCUCUUGUCGGAACCGUUGAGAAGCUCAAAGCUUCAAACUUCCCUGCUACCGUUCUCAGGAUUGGCCAAUGGGAGUACAAAUCGAGGUACGAAGGUGAUCUGGUGGCGAAAUGUUACUUUGCAAAACACAAACUUGUGUGGGAAGUGUUGGAACAAGGACUUAAGAGCAAGAUCGAGAUUCAAUGGUCAGAUAUAAUGGCGUUGAAGGCAAGUUGUCCAGAAGAUGAGCCUGGAACGUUGACCAUCGUGCUGGCAAGGCGACCGUUGUUUUACAGGGAGACUAAUCCGCAGCCUAGGAAGCAUACUUUGUGGCAGGCAACAUCAGAUUUUACUGAUGGUCAAGCCAGCAUGAACAGGCAACAUUUUCUGCAAUGUCCCCCUGGGAUAUUGAACAAGCAUAUAGAGAAGCUUCUCCAGUGCGAUCAUCGCUUGUUCUGUCUAAGCCGAGAGCCUGAGAUGAAUUUCGACACGCUCUUCUCUGAUACACGACAGUCUAUAUUCGAGGAUCCUUCAGUGUCUGGGGCUCAGUCAUCAUCAGAACAUAUGUCUCUGUCUCAUGACGCACUCUCGCCUAGCUCAGUGAUGGAUGCUCGUGCAAUCGAAGGAGGAGUCGGUGCAAGAAACUGGAAUCAGAUACACCAAUCUAUCUCCAUGAACGACUUCCUUGCGUUUCUGUCGGAUCAAGCUAACUGUGAGAACAACCCUGAGUUUGAGGACAUGAAACAGCUGCUGCUAAGCGACACGCAGGCCGAGACAUCGGAUGAGAAGUCUGUAAUGUCGAAGGUGAACUCUUUCUACAACCUCUUGGAGACCGCUGCUAACGAUGGGAAAGAGAUUGGGCUAGAUAACAACAACAACAGCAACAAGAGACACAACAAAACUGAAGAAGGCAGUAUAGUUCUUGAUCAUGCUUCGAGCAGCAUGUCAAGGAAAGACUCGUUUAGCGAUCUGUUAGCACACCUUCCUAGGAUCACAUCCCUACCAAAGUUCUUGUUCAAUAUUUCAGAAGAAGACGGUGAUGCAUAAGGGUCGCCAUAUAAUUGAUUCGUAAAUGUGAUGACGACAAGUCUAGGAAUCUUGAACAAGUAGCUGUAUAUUAAUUUCUCUCUAUGGGUUAGUAAAAAACCAAGAGAACUUGUGCUCUUGUUUGUAAAAGUGUUUGAUUUGUUAGGAACGUGUGUUUGGUGAUGAUGAAUCCAUGUAAAGAAGAAAGUGGUUUUCUAAUGGCGUUUUUCUAAAGCCAUUUUAUUUGAAACAUGUAUUAAUACUACCAAACUGUAACAA